CUCUGAGACCCUGCAAAACAAAACACACAAGUUAACUCUAUGCUGCACCGCUAAAGACAAGCUGACUACUCUGACAUCAACAGAAUGAAUGACUUUGAACAAGAAGAAAUAAAUGGGGAAUUUAUGGAGUUUGCUAUCCGAGAAAGUGUCCGGGGUAGGCAGCCACAGCACAGGAAGGAAUCAAACAGCAAAAACUUUACACAGAUAAUAUCAGCCAUCCAGAAAGGUGAUGUGUUGACUUUACAGCAGCUGUCAGUGCAUCAGGCCUCGUUCAGAGAGAGGGACACUCACGGGUGGCUCCCUCUGCACUCAGCCGCGGUUCAUCCACACACACAGGUCCUAGAGGCUGUGCUGCAUGCAUCCGCUGAGCUAACUCUGGAGGAGCUGACCACAAAUGGAGACACAGCCCUAAUCUUGGCAGUUGAGGCUGGUUUGGUGGAUAAUGUCACUGUCCUGUUAAAACAUGGAGUAUCCCCUCACAACACAAAUGACAGGAACGAGUCUCCCCUCCUCCUGGCAGUGAGACAAAAGUCGUAUGAGAUGGCAUUUGCCCUGAUUAUGGGUGGAGCCUUUGUGGAACAGGUGUGUCUGAAGAAGUGGACAGCCAUCCAUGAAGCUGCCAAGGUAGGUUGUCCUGCUAUUCUUAUGCUGCUGCUUCGACAUGGGGCCAAAGUGACCUCUAGAGAUGGACAUGGAGUGACCCCUUUGGGCAUUGCAGCUGAACACAGCAACACUGAAGUACUGGAGAUUCUCAUACAACAUGGUGGCGAUGUGAAUGCCCAGGCCACCAAUGGAGACACGGUGCUGUAUGAUGCAUCAGGAAAUGGAAACCUGGACUGUAUAGAGCUGCUGUUGGAGCAUGGAGCAGAUCCUAAUGUGCAGAGCAAUGCCUUCCAGCUGCCCGUCCACAGAGCAGCGUAUGAAGGACACAUACUCGCUCUGAGGACCCUCCUGCCCCUCACCUCAAAGAGAGCCAUCCUCAUGUCAGGUCACAGUCCGGUGCAUGCGGCCGCAGAUGGAGGGCAGCCCCAGUGUCUACAGCUACUCAUUGACAACGGGUUCGACGUCAAUGUUCCGCUGGCAACACACAUGUCUGAGAACUACGGCGACCUCAGGAGGAGUCCCCUGUAUUUCGCUGUGUGUAAUGGAGAUAUAACCUGUGCACAGAUGUUACUUGAGGCUGGAGCCAGAAGCGACCUGGAUCCUCUACGAUGCAUUUUAGUGGCCAUACGAGCCGAGAGGUAUGAGUUGGUGCGUCUGCUGUUGACCUAUGGAGCUGAUGUGAACUGUUACUUUAAUGCCAUCAGCCACACAGUGUUCCCCACAGGCCUGCAGUACUGUCUGAGGGACCCACUCAUGCUCCGCCUGCUGCUCAACGGUGGAUAUGACGCCCACAAAUGUUUCCAGUGUUGUUGUGGUGUGAGUGAGGAACUGGACAGUACCUGGACUGACCUCCAUAAUCAGGCAUACCAGAUCUACAGUCAACCAGACGCCAUCACAUUCUGUGAGUUUGUGUCAGUUUCGUGGCUUAAACAACAUGUGGUGGGCGGUGUGGUGAAAAUGCUCCUGGACUAUGUGAGCCAUGUAAAUCUAUGUCCCCAACUCCAGAAAAUCCUGGAGGACCAACCUGAGUGGGAGGAGAUCUCAGGCAUUCUCAGCAGCCCCCGCUCCCUCCAGCACUUGUGUCGACUGGUCAUCAGAGGUCACAUUUCACCAAAGAUACUGAACAAUCCUGGGGCUAUGUUGGAGGUUCCUCUUCCUCCCAGAGUGAAGAACUAUUUGACCUACAAAGAGUAUGACCUUUAUGGUGACCUGUGCUCUAUUUAGAACAUAAUGUGCGCACUCUUUAGGUAAGAUAUUAAAUGCUAUUAUUUAUAUGCUGGUAUUUUAAAACAAGUUCCUUUAAUUCCCUGCUGUAAGCCUACAUACAGAUAUCUAAAGUAGUUGGUCAGUUCCAUCGCAUUUCAAAAGUUUGUUCCUUAACACUUGUGCACUUUGCAAUGGCAACGAUGUUCUUAUGUAAGUGAGCGUUUGUUGCGAAGUGUGAGUCUGACAUGUCAACAGUAGAUUAGAGCAGCUCUGAGUUCGUCACAGUCUCUCAUAUAGUACUCAUUAAUAUAAUCAUCGUGUGUGUUUGCCUCAGGAUUACAGAGUGGUCAUAUAAAAGUGUACCUAAAAUAGAAAGAACAUUAAAAGACACUAUGCGCCACUUGAACAAAGCACAACCAUAUCAUUUUAAUAUGGGAUCCACAUAUUGCAAUGGUACUUAGGGCAGACUCUAAUCAGAUCAGCACAGAACAUUGAUCUAGUUGUUGUGGAAAAAUGGUGGGAAUUGUUUAUUUUUACUCAAAUCAAAUAGGAGAAGUGAGUUGAUUUGUAAUAUUUGUUUUGUACAACCAAAACAGAACAUUUUGAAACCGGUGUCUAUGCUAUUAAAAUGUUAAUAAAAUGUG